ACUUUACCUAUAAAUAAAAUGGAGAAGAAACAAAGAAGUCUAUUGCUUUAGCUUUUCUUCUUGAAAAACAAGUGAGAGCUAAUUUAUGAAAGAAAGGCAAACCUCAGUCUCUCUGUGAUUCAAACAGGAAAAGAAAACAAAGAAUGUCGAGCGAAGUAGAGGAGGCGGCUCGACGCCGUACAGCGAUCGCCGAGUACCGCAAGAAGCUACUGAACCAUAAAGAGCUCGAAUCCCGAGUCCGUACAGUGCGAGAGAAUUUGCGGGCUGCCAAGAAGGAAUUUGCUAAAACUGAAGAUGAUUUGAAGUCCCUUCAGAGUGUUGGACAAAUCAUUGGUGAAGUUCUCAGGCCACUCGACAAUGAACGCUUGAUAGCUAAAGCAAGCAGCGGACCUAGGUAUGUGGUUGGUUGUCGUAGUAAAGUGGACAAAGAAAAACUAACAGCUGGAACCCGAGUUGUUCUUGAUAUGACUACUCUCACAAUCAUGCGAGCUCUUCCUCGUGAGGUUGAUCCAGUUGUAUAUAACAUGCUUCAUGAGGAUCCUGGUAAUGUUAGCUACUCUGCUGUGGGAGGGCUCUCAGAUCAGAUUCGAGAGCUUAGAGAAUCUAUAGAACUGCCUCUCAUGAAUCCAGAGCUCUUUUUGAGGGUGGGAAUCAAGCCUCCCAAGGGUGUUCUUCUUUAUGGACCUCCUGGAACAGGAAAGACAUUAUUAGCUAGAGCCAUAGCAAGCAACAUAGAUGCCAACUUUUUGAAGGUUGUGUCGAGUGCCAUUAUUGAUAAAUAUAUUGGUGAAAGUGCAAGAUUGAUUAGAGAGAUGUUUGGGUACGCACGUGAUCAUCAACCAUGUAUUAUAUUUAUGGAUGAGAUUGAUGCCAUUGGUGGACGUCGAUUCAGUGAGGGAACAAGUGCAGACCGUGAAAUCCAAAGAACACUCAUGGAGUUGCUUAAUCAGCUUGAUGGAUUUGACCAGCUUGGGAAGGUUAAAAUGAUUAUGGCAACAAACAGACCUGAUGUUCUGGACCCUGCACUUCUUCGACCAGGCCGUCUAGACAGGAAGAUUGAAAUUCCAUUGCCAAAUGAGCAGUCAAGAAUGGAAAUCCUUAAAAUCCAUGCUGCUGGAAUUGCCAAACAUGGUGAUAUUGACUAUGAAGCGGUUGUGAAGCUUGCUGAGGGGUUCAAUGGUGCUGAUCUUAGAAAUGUUUGCACCGAAGCUGGGAUGUCUGCAAUCCGUGCAGAACGUGAUUACGUCAUCCAUGAGGAUUUCAUGAAGGCUGUCCGGAAAUUAAAUGAGGCCAAGAAGCUUGAAUCUAGCGCUCACUACAAUGCUGACUUUGGAAAGGAUUGAAACCCUGUUUAUCAUGCUUGAUUUUUCCGAUAGCAUGUCAGGCAACUCAGACCCUGAAUGAAAUGGAGGAGUUCAGAUCAUGUACCAUUUGUUGUUCCUGUCAGUGGAAUCGCUGCUUGUCUAUUUCACAAAAACAAUAUUGUGUCAGCAAGGAGAUAUGCCAUUCUAUUAUGGUUUCAGUCUUGGCAAGCAACGUUGUUCUUUUGGAGCUGUCACUUGUUGACUGUAAUGCGCUAGUAAGCGAAUUGCAGCGUUUACAUUUAAUUUAUAUAGCUGGUUUAGUUGAAUCAUUUUCUACUCAACUGAAAUGCUUAUAUUUGAUCGUUAUAUCCCUCUGCCAAUCAACUGGUGAGCAAUUCAAGCAUCCCAAUUUACCCUGAA